AUGCUCAAAUUAUCGCAAACAGAAAAACAUUUUAUUAUUGAUGGUGUGGAACAAAAUAUGAGAAAUGACGGCAGAGCCCGAUUGGACUAUAGAGACUUUUCUUUAGAGACAGGAAUUGUUUCGCAAACAAACGGAAGUGCUCGGGUUAAACUUGCUAAUCAUACAGAUGUUCUUGUUGGAGUUAAAGUUGAAAUUGGAGAGGUUGAUCAAGAUUUCCCUGACCAAGGAAGAUUAGAGGUUCAUGUUGAAUGUUCUCCGAGUGCAAAUAAUGAAUUUGAAGGAAGAGGAGCUGAAGAAAUCAAUGCAGAAUUAAUUUCCACUCUCAGAAAUCAAUUAAAAAAUUCAUUUGCUGUGGAUUGGACUAAAUUAUGUAUAGUGAAAGGAAAGCAAUGUUGGAUUUUAUAUGUAGAUUGUAUUGUGUUAGAUUCUGCUGGUAAUUUAUUCGAUGCUCUUGCUAUUGCUACAAGAGCUGCUCUCUAUAAUACUAGAAUACCUAAAAUUGAGGUUAUGGAAAUUUCCCCAACAGAAACAGAAUUUGAAGUGAGUGAUGACCCACAUGAAUAUUCAAGAAUUGAUUGUAGUAAUAUACCAAUUUCUGUUACUUUGGGAAAGAUUGGUUCUAAAUUCAUUGUUGAUCCAUCCUUGGAAGAAGAAGAAUGUAUUUCAAAUCGUAUGACUGUUUCUGUAAAUAAGAAGGGCCACAUUUGUUCAAUUAAAAAGAGUGGCAAAGAUUCUGGUGUUAAUCCAAGUGAAUUGACUAAAAUGCUUCAAACAGCUAGAAAGAUUGGUUCUACACUUUUGGAAGAAUUGGACAAGUUAUUGGAAAAGGAAGAAAAGGUCACUACAAAACAAGGGUUUUUCACAGAUUAA